ACUCGAUGCCCUUUGAUUUUUCACGUGUCCUUCCCUCUUGGCUCUCUGUUUUUCUUUUUGCUGUGUUUCUGUGUAUCGACGUUUCGUUUUUGUUUUUGUUUUCCAGCGGACCCAUUUCCAGGGGCCGUUUCAUAUUUAUUAAGCUUCCUUCUCGUGACGGUGCUUUCUCUGCUUCUCUAUAUAAACCCACCUAAACACUGUUCAGGGCACAAAACACAGAGAGAGAUACAGAGAGGUUUUGGGAUUGUGAGGAUUAUCAGAGAGACAAAAAAACAUGGAGGGAAGAAAGCCAGCUGAGUCGUCUUCUUCUUCUUCCUUCACUUCUGAGCUGUUCGGGUCCAAAGACUCGUCCUCCUCCUCUUCAUCUGGGAUUUUCGGAGCCAUUUUCGCUCCUCCCUUGAACUCCCCGAAGGUGCUAAGCAGGGAAUCACUGCGUUCUGAGCUCACAAGGAAAAAGUACACUGAUCAGCCGUUGCACUUCAACUCAACACAGCCAGGUGAUUACUCUAAUGGCAAAGCAGUUGAGGGUCAGAGCACACAGAUCAAGGACAGUUCACACUAUUAUGAUCAGAGAUCGCAACAACCAUGUCAUCUCAGUUCAUCAAUCUACUAUGGUGGUCAAGACAUCUAUCAUCAGCCCCAGAACAGCCAGGACUCUUAUAACUCUACGUACAAGAAAGAUGGGACCGACGAUGAUGGCACUGCUUGCAGAGGAAACUGGUGGCAAGGUAAGAACCGGGUCUCUCUAUUAUUAAGAAGUCUCUCGCCAUUCUCAUCCAGGCAUAAUAGGAAGUAGUUUAGUAGCAGCAGCAGAUCGUUGUGGAAGCUGGUUUCUUUUCUUUCUCCUCGGUCACACAGCGAUCCGUAUGAAACCACAGUUUAUAUAUGCAUGCAUCUUCUUUAGGGUCACUGUAAAGAAAGAUGCAGUAGUACUGUUUCUCUCUUUCUCCCUCUCUAGCUCUGUCUCUAAUGUAAAAUGUUCCUUUUAGUAUCCUCCAUUUAUCAACAACUACUAUCAUGUAAUGUAGUUGGAGAUUUGGAUAUGUAGUAACUACAGGUUAUGCUUAUCUUUGUAAGGUUGAACUUCUAAUGUUAAGGCUUUUGGAUGAAUGGC